AAGUGGCCGCAACCAAAUUUGGAGGUGGGGCCAACACAACUGCCAGCGGCCUCAGCCUAUCAGUUUACUGAUCAGGUGGCGGUUAUUCACCGCUCGGCCAAUCAUUGUGAAGGGGCGGGGCUUCCUUCAACAUGUUCCCUUGAGUGGCAAACAAGCGGAUGAAUCCGAGUCAGACAAAAGCAAUCGAUCCCGGUCUGGUGUCAUCCAGGAUCUUACUGAAGGAGACUAUUCGGCCCAUCCUACCUGUGCUGGCUCUUCGAGUGGCCCGGCAGACCCGGAAGUUUAGCUUGUGUUAGUUUUGGAGCUGUUGCAGCGUAAUGGCUGAAGGAUGGAAAUAGUCUCCGGGCUUGUGUCUUACGCCCUAGCAAAGUUCCUCUUUCUCUCGCGGCUAUCCAAUAAAGAAGAUGCGGAGAAAAUCAAAAAAAUGGAUGAGAAAGUUUUAGAAGUCUAUGAUAUUAUUCGUACAAUUCGUGACCCAGAGAAACCCAACUCUCUGGAAGAGUUGGAGGUGGUAGCUGAAGAAUGUAUCGAGGUGAAAUCGCUAGAUGACGAUGAGUAUCUCAUCAUUAUUCAUUUCACUCCAACAGUACCUCACUGCUCUCUAGCCACACUGAUUGGUCUCUGUCUACGAGUCAAGUUGCAAAGAUGCUUACCGUUCAAACAUAAACUUUCCAAAAAAAAACACUGGGCCUGGCUUCAACAGUACAUAUGUGAUGAAGAACAUUGCUACAGCAUCUUGUCAUUGAGGAACCUUCCACCCUUAGAUGGACAUGGGCAAAAGAACAUGGGAACCACCACCUGCAAGUUCCCCUCCAAUAUGCACCAUCCUGACUUGGAACUGCAUCACCAUUCCUUCACUGUCACUAGGUCAAAACCUGGCACUCCCUCCCUAACAGUGCUGUGCGUGUACCUACACCUGAUCGACUGCAGCGACUCAAAAAGGCAGCUCAGCACCAUCUCAAGGGCAGUUAGGGAUCAACAAUAAAAUCCAAGUUAUAGACCAAUGUUCAUAUAUCAAACACAAGUAGAGUAAUUGAGAAGAGAAGGUGAUGCCAAAUGUUGAAAACCUGAGUUUGUAAAAAAAAGAAAAGGUCCGAGCUAAGUGUUGAAAUUCUGGAAGAGAUUGAGUUCUAGAUCUUGAUGAGUUUAACGCAACGUUUGAGUGUAUUCUCAUCUGAGCUUGGCUAUGCUCCAUUAGAUAUACAUAGGGACAAGAAGAGGUCAUUCAGUUCCACCAUUCAGUGAGUUCAUGGCUGAUCUGUAUCUUGCCUCAAUCCUCCCGCCAAGGCUCUUUUCGAAGGUAAAUGAUUGAGCCAAUUGGCAAUGCUGUAUUUUCAAACUCACCAACUUGAAUUUACCCCAUUCUAACCUGGAGUUACAUCUCUUUGUGAGUGAAACUGGAUGAAGCUCUUUCACUGCCGCUAAGUUUCCAUUUUGUCAACAUGUUUUUGAACUGAUCCCUAAUAACUUUCACUUCAUCAUUGCAAGCUCUUGUAUUUCAAUAACUAAGUAUUCCAUAUGAGCCUUUGCAUCAACAUCUUAACUUGACUUAUAACAUUU